GGUGUAAACAGAGGAGCAGGGCGACAUGGAGACGAGAGGUCACACGCUCGGAUCCUGAUCUCCAGCGGACUCGAACCUGAACACACGGACAUGGCCAGCUCCGUGGUGGCAGCGGGACUGGCUCUGGCAGCUGCUGGGUUUGUCGGCCGUUAUGCGAUGCAGGCCAUGAAGCAGAUGGAGCCUCAGAUGAAACAAGCUAUUCAGAGCUUCCCCACAUCGGCUUUUGGAGGAGGGUUCUACAGAGGAGGGUUUGAACCAAAGAUGAACAAGAGAGAAGCUGCCCUGGUUCUAGGCGUCAGUCCAACGGCCAAUAAAAUGAAGAUCAGAGAAGCCCACAGAAAAUUGAUGAUCCUGAACCAUCCAGAUCGAGGCGGAUCUCCAUACCUCGCAGCAAAGAUAAAUGAAGCCAAGGAUCUGAUGGAUGGACAGAUGAAGAAAUAGAGAUGAAGAUGCUGGUCUGACAUUUAUGUGAUUUCACUCUGCUCCUGAUCUGGAGCUGACUGAGUGAUUAACACUUUUCUAACUGAUUGUUCUCAAAUAAAAUCACACUGUACAAAUUGUCA